GAGAGAGAGAGAGAAGAACUUACAAGUGAUCGGGUGUCACUCUCUCUCGCGCGCGGCGCGCUUUUGUUACCGCGGUUAUUUUCAGUCGUUUUUUGUGCCGAGCCGCCGCGUCGCGCGGGCCUGUUUUUGUGUUUGUGUAUUUACGUUCGUUUGUAACCUUUCACUAUUCGUUCGUUAUUAUACCGUGAGUUAAUUAUCGGGAGAUGAUGAUGGUUAAAAUUUUUUUAUACGUCUAUGAAAUUUUUAAAUCAUCGCGGUAAGCUCAGGUUAUGCCGCAGUGUGUGAUAGACGAUGAUAAAUCGUCACGUAGAAAUGUAGUACGAACGGAUUUCGAAAGCUCGAGCUUUUGAGAUAUGCCGCACUGCACGAGACACUUGGGCUGGUACGUCGGCAAGUUUCUCGUUGGACUUACUGGGAUGCUCUUCAUCUACUUCAACUAUUUACGAGAAAAAAAUUUCGAGUGCGUCUGUCCCAUGAGAGACCGAGAGUUGGCGCGACAAAAGGGCAAAAUCGCAUCUUGUCCAGCAAGCGAGAAGACCGCUGUUACUGUGCGAAAGGGAUGCGGCAGAACAAGAGAUACAAAUGCGACUGUCUCAGACAAACGCCACAAAAUAAAAACGAAGCAAGCCAAGCGUGCCACGACAGCAGCACAGGCAAGUGUUGCUGCACAGGACGCGGCGCAGCUCACUAGCCAGUGGCACGACGUUAUCAAGCGCAAGCUCUGCAGGAUAGUCGACCGCAUCGAGCGAGCUAUCAAGAAACAAAUCGAGCCACCGCCCAAGCUUCCGCAUCUACCACCUGUCCCCGAACCUCGCAAAGAUCCGAGUACAUGUCGGCGAUGCUACCACCGCAAGCUCCGCCGGUGGCGAACGCGACGAUUCAGAUCGUCGCGACGGUCAUGGCGACACUGCGGAACGACUAGCACCACUACGGAGACGAUCCAAGUCAACGAGGAGGAGGACACGUCCACGUCGAGCAUCAUUGGUUGCAGUAAUAAUACCGAAGGCCUGACGUCGUCCGCGAGUGUCCAGAGAGCUAUCCAAGACAUGGAGCAGGAGUUUCAGAAGACGCUCAUGGAGCUCGAGAGGCUGGACCAAACGUUUGCGAUACCGGAGGAAAGUGCGACGGUGGACGAAAGCUCGUUGAGAAGCUCGACGAUCGAGAGCUUCUUCGACAAGCCGGAUGUAUUCUCGUCGACCAGACUACCAGGCGGUGCCGUCAAACACUUCGUCUCGAGGGAUCUGGGUAUCUCGAAGAAUAGCUGCAGAAAACAAGUGAGACUCAAUCCUGAUCCUUGCGGGAAGACGAUACCCGGAAAGCCGACGAGAGACUCUUUACGAGAAAAACGCGCGAGAUACAUCCAGAGCCGAGACAUCUUUCGCCAUCUCUACAUCCGCUCGAGGCGUUAACGAGGUGAGAGUCGUCGUUAAAUUAUCAUCUCCCUUGCACAUACGGCGUCCGAAAAAUCUCAAAGUCAAUUAAUACGCGUCGCGCGGGCCUGACGCUUCUAUAAGUAGACGCCGCAGGAGAGGAGAGCCGAAACUGACAUCAGUCAUAUAGUCGCGGCUAACGAGACGCACCGAUACUUAUAAUAGCGAGUGUCCUCGUGUGCCAAGUUGUUCUCGCGUUUGUGUGUCCGCGCGAUGUCGCUUUUCGAGAGGAGCCGGCCGAGUUUGAGUAGUAGCGGCACACACAGUGUGUUUUGUAACGUCGACAGGUAAUAACGUACGAGAGAUGUUGUGAGCGAGUUAUUUUCGUGCGACAAACUUGUCUUGUGUUAUUUUCGAGAGAAACGUUGUUUUCUUUAUCGAUUUUCACUUUGUCCACUCGUAGUAGUGCAAUAAAUUUGCGUCGUACUGGUAAAACUGGGACGCAAACUUGA